UCCUCUGAAACCGCGGACGAACAAGCCCCACUCCCAGGAAUCGGUCCCCGCCGGAGCAUGCUACUCUUGCCAGCGUGUGUUCACACUGGGGAUUUCAGGCGCCUGUGCUUAGAAAGCGUGAUGAAGUAUUUAGCAAAAUGGAAAAGCAAAACAGCUUUGAGAAAUUCAAGAAAAUGGUUCCCCCGAAAAACUAUUCCAAAGCAAACGGUCCCUGUCAGCCAUAGCCAAAAACUCCGUCCCCUUCCUCACCCGAAAACAUGCCGCCGCUCGGCGCCGUCGCGCCCGCCCCGGCAGCCACCCGCUUCCUCCUCCAUCUCCCCCUUCGCACGCUCCGCCGCCUCCCCGCCUCAUGCGCCGCCGCCUCCCAUUCCUCCCACGCGCACGACGCUCUCCUCCUCCGCCGGGCCGCCGAGGUGGCCGACUGCUCCGCAGGGCUCACCUCCCCGCAUCCCAACUUGGGGUGCGUCAUCGCGCGGCCCCAGCUCGAGACCGACAGCGUCGAGGCCUGGGUGGUUGGCGAGGGCUUCCUCUACGCGCAGGGCACGCCCUGCGCCGAGCUCCUCGCCGCUCGGGAGGCCGGUGAGCACGCUCGCGGCGCCACGGCCUACCUCAACCUCGAGCCCGGAGACUGCUACGGGGACAGCACCGCCGUCGCAUCCCUCGUCCAGGCAGGAAUCACAAGAGUUGUGGUGGGUCUUAGACACCCCCUGAAGCACUUGAGAGGGAAGGCAAUUCAAGCAUUACGAAGUGAAGGCAUUCAAGUUGAUGUUGUGGGGGAGGAUCUGCAGAGUAAAAUAUUCCAGGAAGCUCUGAAGUCAUGCCUCAUUGUAAAUGCUCCAUUACUUUACAGAGCUGCCUUUCAUGUCCCAUUCUCAGUUCUGAAGUAUGCUAUGACUGCAGAUGGAAAAAUUGCGGCAAGUAGUGGGCAUGCUUCUUGGGUAAGUGGCAAAGCAUCAAGAGGCCGAGUAUUUGAAUUGCGUGGCAGAAGUGAUGCUGUUAUUGUUGGUGGAAAUACAGUGCGCUUGGAUGAUCCUCGGUUAACUGCAAGGCAUGUUAAGGGACAUGUUCCAGUGCGCAUUGUGAUGUCACAGUCUCUUAACCUUCCUGAAGAAGCAAAUUUAUGGAAUGUUAACGAUGCAUAUACAAUUGUUGCAACUCAACGAGGUGCUCGUAGAGAUUUUCAAAAGAAGCUGGCUAUGAAGGGUGUUGAAGUAGUGGAGUUUGACAUGCUAAAUCCUAGAGAUGUUAUGUCAUAUUGCUAUGAUCGUGGUUACCUUUCCGUAUUGUGGGAGUGCGGUGGGACCCUAUCAGCUUCUGCUAUAUCUGCUAGUGUUAUUCAUAAGGUCUAUGCAUUCUGGGCUCCAAAAAUAAUUGGGGGAGUAAAUGCCCCAACACCAGUUGGUGAACUAGGGAUGAACCAAAUGACUCAAGCGAUUGAUUUAAUUGAUGUCUCUUAUGAGCAGAUUGACCGAGACAUGCUCAUGAGUGGAUACAUCCAACCCAUUCCUGAUCUUUCACCUGUUAUACCAUCUGUGGAUGAAAUAUCUUCCGUUGAUCCAGAAGUAUCUCCAUAUGAAACAAAUAUCGUUUCCUUUUACAAGACUUGGGAUGUUUUUGGGGCUUUCUCAAACUUUUCACCUCAUCCAAUUCGCAUGCCCGAUGAAAAUGGAGAUUAUGUAACAUGGCCAACAGUGGAACACUAUUACCAGGCCCAUAAGUUUGUCGGUGUUGACAAAUCUGAAGCAAGAGACCUUGUCCAAGAAAUAAAGCAAGCAAAGAGUCCUGAAGAGGCUGCUAGAAUAGGAAGGACUCGGCAAAGAGAAUUCCCAGAAUUGGUACGGACAGAUUGGGAGUCUUCGAAGAUUGAUGUGAUGUACAGAGCUAUCAAAUGCAAGUUUUCAACUUAUCCCCAUCUGACUAACAUGCUGUUGUCAACGGCUGGCUCCGUUCUUGUUGAGGCAUCACCCCACGAUCUAUUUUGGGGUGGCGGGCGUGAGGGCGAAGGUCUGAAUUACUUGGGCAGAUUGCUGAUGCAGUUGAGAUCAGAGAUUCUGGGAACAGCCGCAAGUGUAGAGGUAAGGGAGCCAGCUUGAUCUGCAGGUGUACCAAGUUUGUUUGGCAGAAGAGCUGCUUGCGAGAUCCGACAUUUAGGUCUGGCAGGUUCUUGACUGUUAUAGUGCCUCUCAGUACAGCGACGGCAAUCAAAUUUUGUUAAAUCAUCUAUGCCUAGUUUUCCUUUCAUUGCUAUUGAAAGCUGAAAUGCUUUCUUGGCGCGAAGAACCUAUUGCAGCCUGUUCUCUUGUGAAACAAUUUCAGGUCUACACCUCAUAAGCCAUAACUGAUUAAUAUAGGGAAGGCAAGGCAAGGCAGAAAGACCAACAGUAUCAUGCAGAGUGAUAUGAUGUGUACUCUGUAACAGUCUUAAAUAAAAUGGAGUUACUUCCCAUA